AGUUUAUGUCCGACCUUCCAACACAUUAGAACGCCGUUUUUCGUAUAUUUUUUUUUCUUCUCUCAACUCUGUGUAUCUCUCCCGCUUCGCUGUCGACCGUCUCAUAUGUUUUGUGUUUUUGUUUGCUGUUCAAUCAUAAUCUUUCACUGUACUCCAAGCCGAUAUAACAGCAUUGUGCGAACAAAAGUGAAUUAAGAGAAAUAUAAUAGUAACAAAAAUAGUAAUGCUUUAAGCAUCGCACUCGUGUUGUGUUACCAAUGCAAUUUAUUGUUGUUUAAGUUUAGUUAUAGUUAAGGCUGAAUAAAAAAGUAAUUUUUAUAAUUUGAAAGUAAAAAGAAAGUUUUGUGCACUGCAAUUUUUUGGAAUGGAAUUCAGAUCCUUAUAAAAUUUAUAUUGAAAAGAGAAAAUUAAAUAAAAGUUAAAAGUUGAAAGUUGAAUUGAAAGUGACAAUUGCAAUGGCACGUCUUCUUGUGUUCAUAUUGUGUGCAUCAAUGGCAACCACACAAAGAAAUGGAAAUGUUGUAAAGGAUAAAUCCGAUGAUGUUCAUGAAGUCCAAAGACAAAAUAAAAUUACGGAACAAAUUUUAACAUCAUUUUUGGAGAGAAAACUUUAUCCAAAUCGUAAGCCACGACCAGGUCCAACGUUAGAUGAUAUUCUACCACUUGAGACACGUCCAACUCGAAACAAACACUCAACACAGAAAGAUAAUGAUGAUGACGAUAAUGAGUCUGAUAAUCUUCAAAGUGUUGAGUCUGAACAUGUCGACACAUUUUAUAGAUCAGACUGUCCAAAUUGUGUAGAUGAUACAAUAGCAACACCAAAUCGAUGGACGAUGCCAUUAUUGAAGCUUGGUGAGAAGAGAUAUUAUUUAGGAAUAUUUUUCAAGGCAAAUUGGUUUAGAGCCGCUCAAUAUUGUCGCUUCCAUGGCAUGCAUUUGGCUAGCAUUUCAUCACAAGAAGAAAAUGAUAGACUAGAGAAGCACAUUCGUGACUUCGGUCUCGGAAAUGAGCAUUUCUGGACGUCUGGAACUGAUUUAGCGGACGAAGGAAAUUUCUUCUGGAUGGCAAACGGACGACCGCUUACAUUUACAAAUUGGAAUGCAGGCGAGCCAAAUAAUUUCCGUUAUGAGAAUGGCGAGGAGGAGAAUUGUCUAGAACUUUGGAAUCGCGAUGGUAAAGGACUCAAAUGGAACGAUACGCCAUGUAGUUUUGAAACAUAUUUUGUCUGUGAAGUGCAAUAAUUGUUUUCAUGCACGGACUUUUUGCUGCCAAUUUUGUUUUUUAAAUAGAAAAUUCCAAAAUAAUUUAUGAACAACUUUUUUUUAUCGUUUGUUUGCCUUUUAAAUCCACCCUUUAAAAAAAUCAGAGAAUGAGUCGGAAAAAAAUAAUGAAAUUGAGAGGGAAUAAUUGGAUUUAUGUCCAUCAUUUAUCGAUCUGCAAAGUAUAUAUUUUGUACAGAAAUUGAAUCAAUUUUAAUAAAUUUUUUGGCUUGAAAAAAUUAAUUUUUAUGAAAAGCACACACAAAAAAAUAAAGACUCGGGGCUAAAAAUUAUUAUUAAAAUUGAUGCGAUAUACAGCCAUUUUUAUGAAAACAUAUAUCACUGCCUUCACGAAUUCUACACAAAAUAAAAUAAAAUGAAAGAGCAAUUCUACAACUUUGUUUGUACAUAAAAUACGUCCUUUACUUUUAAAUAUAUUUUAAGUGAAUUCUAUGAAAAUGUGUUGGGCAUGAUGUUGACUCAGAGUUGGAUAUUCAGUGAAUCUACACAAAUUAUAACAUAUCCAAUACUGAAACUUAUAAUUUUCAAAACAAAACAAUUCUUAUUUUAUCAUUAAUUAAAUUACGAGACAAAAAAAAACUCAUUAAGCACACAAAUUCACAAAGAAUUUUCAUUCAUUACCUAAAACUUUCUCAAAAAAAUCUUUAAAUCUACAAAUCAACUCUCUAUUAGCCAAACUGACACUUAUUGCUAGCAAUUUCUUAUCCUUAACUAGCCAUAAAUGUCUUUUGGCUGCUAGAGAUUAAUAAUAAUUAAUUAUUUUUAUGAUAGAAAUGAGACAUUUUAAUGCUCCCUAUUUCCUAUGUACUUUUUAUUACAAUUGUAAAUAAAAUAAUAAAAAAAAAA